CCCUCCUUCGUCUUCCGCCUUCACCCGUCUUGAAUUUUCUAACUGAGACCCAACACAAGCUGUUGCAGGUCGUUUUCACUCAUUAAUACGUUCACACAUAAUCUCACCUGGAGACGCCCUGUCCGGUUGACUCUCGAAAUCCCGCACGCUUACCUGUAAAGAACACACCGUGAUACUCACCUCCGCCCUCGACCAAGACCCUCCGCCAUGUCCGGCCACAUGCCGUAUGGCCAGCAGCCUGGCCAAAAUCCCUUUUCAGAGGCAUCGUCGCCCUACUCACAGCCGUCGCAUCAAUACUCCAUGGACUCCGUUGGCAGCGACAUGUACAACAGUCGAAACGCCAGCGCCGUCCCUCUGAACGACCCUAAUGGCUACUAUAGUCAUUCUGGACAGUAUACGCCGCAGUCGGCCGGUGCGAGCUCGGAAGAUAUGCACGACUUCGAACGACACUACGCUGAGUCGAUCACCUCCCAUAUGAGCACGAGCACCGCUGGAUUCGCAGGGAAUCCAUUCUCUGAUAUUCCCGGCUCGAGCGAACCAUUUCCUGCAUGGACCGCUGAGCGGCAAGCACCCAUCUCCACUGAGGAAAUCGAGGACAUCUUUUUGGACCUCGCCCAAAAAUUUGGCUUCCAGAAGGAUAACAUGCGGAAUAUGUUCGACUUCCUCAUGACCUUGCUCGAUUCGAGAGCAUCACGGAUGACGCCCAACCAGGCACUCUUGACUGUCCACGCCGAUUACAUUGGUGGACAACACGCAAACUACAGAAAGUGGUAUUUCGCCGCGCAACUGAACUUGGAUGAUGCCGUCGGUCAGUACAACAACCCGGGCCUACAACGCCUCCGCAGCGUGAAGGGUGGCAACGCAAAGCCGAAGUCCCUCGAUAGCGCGCUGAACCGCUGGCGUAAUGCUAUGAACAACAUGAGUCAGUAUGACCGCCUCCGUCAGGUUGCCCUCUACCUGCUCUGCUGGGGUGAAGCUGGGAACGUUCGAUUCACUCCAGAGUGUCUCUGCUUCAUCUUCAAGUGCGCCGACGACUACUAUCGGAGCCCCGAGUGCCAGAAUAAGGUCGACCCGGUUCCCGAAGGUCUCUACCUUGAACAGGUCAUCAAGCCGCUCUAUCGUUUCAUACGCGAUCAGGGUUAUGAAGUUAUCGAUGGCAAGUUCGUUCGUAAGGAGAAGGAUCACGACCAGAUCAUUGGUUACGACGACAUUAAUCAGCUCUUCUGGUACCCAGAGGGUAUCGCCAGGAUUGUCCUAUCCAGUGGUCAACGCCUCGUGGACUUCCCACCAGCACAGCGAUGGUUAAAGCUCAGUCAAGUUGACUGGAGCAAGGUUUUCUUCAAGACCUACUUCGAGAAGCGUUCUAUCGCUCACUUACUGGUCAACUUUAACCGUAUCUGGAUCUUGCACGUCGCAGUAUACUGGUUCUAUACCGCCUACCACUCACCCAAGGUGUAUGCACCUGCAGACAAGCAGUCCCCCUCUGCACCCAUGACUUGGUCUGCAACCGCCCUGGGUGGUGCUGUUGCCACGUUGAUCAUGAUUGCAGCCACCAUCGCAGAAUUUUCCUACGUCCCGACGACUUGGAACAACGCCUCCCACCUUACUGCUCGUCUCAUCUUCCUCGUCAUCGUACUCGCACUCACCGGUGGUCCGACUGUCUAUGUCGCUAUGGUCGAUGGCCGUCCCGCGCCGUCGAAUAUACCGCUUAUUGUGGCGAUUGUUCAGUUCUUCAUCUCGGUUGUCGCUACCGUGGCAUUUUCCCUGAUUCCGUCUGGCCGUAUGUUCGGGGAUCGCGUCGCGGGCAAGUCGCGCAAAUAUCUUGCUUCGCAGACCUUCACUGCCUCGUACCCGACACUAACGACCUCGGCGAGGACGGCGUCCAUCAUGCUUUGGCUCCUGGUAUUCGGCUGCAAGUUCACGGAAUCUUUCUUCUUCUUGACUUCGUCGUUCAGUGCCCCGAUCGCAGUCAUGGCUCGUACCAAGGUCCAGAACUGUAACGACAAAAUCUUUGGAAACGCUCUCUGCUCCAACCAAGUGCCAUUCGCGCUUACGAUCAUGUAUAUCAUGGACCUGGUCUUGUUCUUCUUGGACACGUAUCUCUGGUAUAUCAUCUGGGUCGUCAUUUUCGCCAUCGGUCGCUCCUUUGCUCUCGGUCUGUCUAUUUGGACACCCUGGAGAGAAGUGUACACCAGGAUGCCCAAGCGUAUUUACGCCAAGCUUCUGGCAACGGCUGAGAUGGAAGUCAAGUACAAGCCCAAGGUUCUUGUUUCUCAGAUCUGGAACGCCAUCAUCAUCUCGAUGUACCGGGAGCAUUUGCUGUCUAUUGACCAUGUACAGCGGCUCCUCUACCACCAGACCGACGGCCCGAACGGAAGCCGUACUCUUCGUGCCCCGCCGUUUUUCACCAACAACAACGGCAACAGCGGCGAGUUCUUCCCGAAGGGCGGCGAAGCCGAGCGUCGCAUCUCGUUUUUCGCAUCGUCUCUCACUAUUGCUGUCCCCGAUCCUUUGCCCAUCGAUGCCAUGCCCACGUUCACUGUCCUCGUCCCACACUACUCCGAGAAGAUCUUACUCAGUCUGCGCGAGAUUAUCCGGGAGCAAGACCAGAACACUCGCGUUACUUUGCUCGAGUAUCUCAAGCAGCUGCAUCCUAUCGAGUGGGACAACUUCGUGAAGGAUACCAAGAUCCUUGCGGAGGAAUCGGGGUCUUUCGAUGGCACGGCCAGUACACCUAACGAGAAGUCGAAACAGCGCGCGGACGACUUGCCAUUCUACUGCAUCGGUUUCAAGACUUCGGCUCCGGAGUACACUCUCCGCACUCGAAUUUGGGCAUCCCUGCGCUUUCAGACUCUGUACCGCACCGUCUCCGGCAUGAUGAACUAUUCGAAGGCGAUCAAGCUGCUCUAUCGUGUAGAGAACCCGCAGAUCGUACAGAGGUUUGCCGGCAACACCGAUCGCCUUGAGCGCGAGCUGGAGCGUAUGGCUCGCCGCAAGUUCAAGUUCACUGUCUCCAUGCAACGAUUCGCCAAAUUCAACAAGGAGGAGCAAGAGAAUGCGGAGUUCCUUCUGCGUGCGUAUCCAGACCUGCAGAUCGCAUACCUGGACGAAGAGCCUGGUGCACGUGGCGAAGCACGCUUGUACUCCAUCGUCAUCGACGGACACUCCGAGAUCGAUCCCGAUACCGGCAAGCGGAAGCCCAAGUUCAAGAUUGAACUUCCUGGUAACCCUAUUCUUGGAGACGGCAAAUCGGACAACCAGAACCACGCCAUUAUCUUCUACCGUGGCGAGUAUCUACAACUCAUCGACGCCAACCAGGAUAACUACUUGGAGGAGUGUAUCAAGAUCCGGAAUAUUCUUGGCGAGUUUGAGGAGUUCAACCUUUCGAACCAGAGCCCGUACGCGCAGUGGGGUCACAAGGAGUUCGCCAAACACCCGGUCGCCAUCGUCGGUACUCGAGAGUACAUUUUCUCAGAGAAUAUCGGUGUGCUCGGUGACAUCGCCGCUGGAAAGGAACAGACGUUUGGUACUAUGACCCCCCGUUGCCUAGCCUGGAUUGGUGGCAAGUUGCACUAUGGCCACCCUGACUUCUUGAACGCGGCAUUUAUGACCACUCGUGGUGGUGUCUCUAAGGCGCAGAAGGGUCUGCAUCUGAACGAGGAUAUUUUCGCUGGUAUGACCGCCAUGAGCCGAGGCGGGCGAAUCAAGCAUUCUGAGUACUACCAGUGCGGCAAAGGUCGAGAUCUUGGUUUCGGUACUAUCCUCGGUUUCCAGACGAAGCUCGGUAUCGGUAUGGGUGAGCAGAUGCUCAGUCGCGAGUAUUACUACCUCGGCACACAACUCCCCAUGGAUCGGUUCUUAUCGUUCUACUACGGUCACCCCGGAUUCCACAUCAACAACAUCUUGGUCAUCUACUCUAUCCAGAUCUUCAUGUUGACGCUGGUCUAUAUUGGCACUUUGAACAAGCAGCUCGCCAUCUGCAAGGUCGAUUCACAUGGCAACGUUCUGCCCGGCCAGCCGGGUUGCUACAACCUCAUUCCCGUGUUCGACUGGAUCAAACGGUGUAUCGAGUCUAUCUUCUUGGUGUUCUUCAUUGCUUUCUUGCCGCUGUUCUUGCAAGAAUUGCUGGAACGCGGAACCGGCAAGGCGCUCAUCCGUCUCGGGAAGCACUUUCUAUCGCUUUCUCCAAUCUUCGAGGUUUUCUCCACUCAAAUCUACUCACAAUCCAUUCUCAGCAAUUUGACGUUCGGUGGUGCUCGCUAUAUCGCUACCGGACGUGGUUUUGCCACAACCCGACUGUCUUUCACCGUUCUCUACUCAAGAUUCGCGGGUCCUAGCAUCUACAUGGGUAUGCGGAAUGUCUUGAUGUUGCUCUACGCGACGAUGGCCAUCUGGACGCCCUUCCUCAUCUACUUCUGGUUCUCUGUUAUGUCACUUUGCGUUGCACCUUUCAUCUUCAAUCCUCACCAGUUCAACUUCGCGGACUUCAUCAUUGACUACCGGGAGUUCCUGCGGUGGAUGUCUCGUGGCAACUCGCGGCACAAGGCGAGCUCGUGGUAUGGCUACUGCCGUCUCUCGCGCACGAUGAUUACGGGUUACAAGAAGAAGAAACUGGGUCAUCCCUCCGAGAAGCUCUCCGGUGAUGUACCUCGUGCGCCGUGGCGUGCGGUCCUGUUCUCGGAGGUCAUCUGGCCGAUCUGCCAGUCGAUCAUCUUUGUGGUGGCCUACAUGUUCGUCAAGUCCUUCCCGAACCAGAACGGCCAACAGAACCCGAGCCCGCUCAUCCGUAUCGCUGUUAUCGCUAUUGGCCCUGUCGUUUGGAAUGCUGCAGUGCUCCUUGCGCUGUUCUUCCUGUCUCUCUUCCUCGGACCCGUCUUCGGCUCUGUCAAGAAGUUCCCGUCCGUCAUCGCCGCUCUUGCUCAUUUCCUUUCAUUGGUUGGCCUGGUUGCCUUCUUUGAGUUUUUCUGGUUCUUGGAACUUUGGGAUGCUUCUCACGCCGUAUUGGGCAUCAUCUCUAUCAUUGCCAUCCAGCGCGCUAUCCAGAAGAUCCUUAUCUCCGUCUUCCUUUCCCGUGAAUUCAAGCACGACGAGACGAAUUUGGCCUGGUGGUCUGGAAAGUGGUACGGUCGUGGUCUUGGCACUUCGGCCAUCUCGCAGCCUGCUCGCGAAUACGUUGUCAAGAUCGUAGAGAUGUCUCUGUGGACUUCUGACUUCUUGCUCGGCCAUAUCCUUUUGAUUAUCAUGACGCCGCCUAUCUUCAUACCCUUCAUUGACAGGUUGCACUCUACAAUGCUCUACUGGUUGCGUCCGUCAAAGCAGAUCCGGUCACCACUGUUCUCCACCAAGCAGAAGCGCCAGCGUAGAUGGAUCGUCUUCAAAUAUACUUUUGUCUACCUGGUUGUCGUCGCACUUUUGGCUGCUCUGGUCGUCUUGCCCGCUCUGUUCCGUGACAGGAUCACCCUCAACUGCACAGUUUGCCAGAACAUUUAAUGAUAGUCCAUUCGCUGCUUCCGCGGAAUAUGACUUGCAAUUUACGCUCGCAUCGCUUUCAAUAGCAUACUCACCCGCCUCGCCCGCACAUUGUAUAUCCAUCUAUCGGCAGGUUACAUCACGGAUAUUUUCUGUAAUACCACCCAUCAUCUUAGAUCUAUCUCGAC